UCGAUACACAUUCCAGUGCUAACAAGACAAAGGCAUCAAGACCAGGUACUUCUUUAAUUCUGAUAUAUCUACUGAAUUCUAGAUGAGAGCCUUAAAGCAGCCAUCAAACUAGUUUUCCGGUGGGCCGGUGGAAACUUCAACCGACAAAAGAAUGUAUUAGAAUCCAGGCUAGUCAACAGGCUAAAAUUAUCAAUCGCAUCCUCAGAGAAACUUGCAACACCAGAUUUCUAAAAAAAAAAAUAAUGGCUCUUUAUCUAUGGAUCCGCUAAUGGUACCGGUGGGCACCGGUCUCAAUAUUAAUUACCAUCUCAUAGGCUAUAAUUAUACCAAUUUUGGUGCUUUUGUCCGCUGUGUAUAGAUUGAGCUCUUUUUGUGCGCUAAGCGACCCGACUAAUAGAUUGAGCUCUUUUUGUGUGCGCUAAGCGACCCGACAGGGGGCACUUAUUGGGGAGGGGCUUUACAGGGCCCGAACGUCCUGGGAUCAUUUCGGGUCCUGUACAGUUCUUUGGUAAUUUAGACACCACAGGAAGACCAAUAUCCUUAGCGCGACUGAGCGUCCUUGGGUAUCCUGUGUCCACACUUCCAAGAUGGCGGUGGGAACGGGUGAAAAAGAUGACAACAAACAAACGAGUACACAGACGAACGGAACAUCCGUCCCCUCGGGCCUCCCAGCGACCGGUACGGACCUUAACCAGUACGUGGUUGAGUUUCUAGACCAGAUAUUUAAAAAUGCCGAGCAGCACUGUGUGAAUUUCGACACGGUAGAAGGCGAAGGAACAUCCCAAGGGUUUAGUUUGCAAGCUGUAUCUGGUAGCCAGACAUCUUCCCUUCACCAACAAUCUACUGGUAGCCAGUCACUACCACCUCAUUCAAAUAAUCCAGGAACAGAUGCUGGUACUGCAUCCAAUAAUGAUGACGACACCGACUGGGAUACCAAUCCAGGGGAGGAAAUUGGUCCGGGGACAAAAACAGAACCGUUUCUCAUGAGAUCACUAAGCAGUGGUAGUGAUGGUAAAAUGGCAAAGCUUGAUAACUUUGUGGAUGAUGAAGGAGACAUUAGUGAUGAUGAUGAAUCAUCCUGGAGUGACAGCACACUUAUUGAGCUACCAGGAUUGCAGUCCAGUUCUGAUAUACAUCCAGCAGGGAAUAGCAAGCCAGACAGAGAUAUUCAAAUGAGUCUUAGAUCACCCCAUCAAGAUAUUCAGCAAGACAGUGUGGAUAACUUGCCUGGAGAAGUUGUUGAAGAAUCAAAUAUUGAAAGGGCGAGUUUGUCUCUUGAGCCGACUGUCAGAAAGCUUGGGAUCACAACUACAAGUAAACCAGUCACUGAGAAUACAAGUAGCUUGGGACACAGUGUUGAGCAGAAUGCCUCUGACAGCUGUGAUGUUCAACCAUUCGAAUUAGACAAGGACUUUGACUAUGAUGUUGUUGCUCUCACGCCAAAGUUCGAUUUCCUUUAGAGAGAUGUGUAAUGAUUAGCGCUGGCGCAAGUUCUACCACUAUACCAACAUCAGUACUUUCAAAAACAUGGCAGAAAAAUUUUGCUGACUGUUGAAGGGAAUUCUUGGGAUGUCAAAGAAAGUGGUACAUGAGAGGAUGUCAAGAGGACCUCGGAACCAAAACAAGUUAAACAGCCUUUUAUAGCCACCGUUUUGCCAUCCUAGCAAAAUACCAAGUGUGAUAAUUGAGUUCGCUUAAUGAAUGAUAAAAGUUUGAUGUUAGAUUAGGUUUUUCAAGAUUUCUCCACAAUUUGAAUAUUGAAUGAAAACAAUUAAAAACAAUUAAGUUAUGGCCGGCAAUUCUCUUUAAGGAGUAGAAUAGAACUUAGUCUCUAAUAGGCCAUAUAUGAUCCCAGAGCCUCCAACGUCUAUUUGUUACUCACAAACCAGACUCUAUGCUGCAAUAGCGACGCAAAAUCGUUUUCGCCAGAAAUUCUAGCAACAUGUUUAAUUGACAUAUUUGAGAAAGACAUUGCUUGUCCUCUGCCAUCUGUAAAUAUGUGUAGAUAUAUUUAAAUGUUAUAUCUUGUUUUAAGGCAAAGUAAAAAAAUAUAACAAUA